GGUUAUUCGAUGCAGAGCGAAGACGUCCCACGGCUGCAAGACUUACCGAUCUAAAUAAUGCGAAUAAACCCAACAGGAGGAAUUACUAGAAUAUGAAUAUGAUGGACGAUCAAGAGGACCAGGAAGCCGCGGGAAGAUGGGAUGCGCUCGGCAGCCGCGACGCUAGCUCCAGGGACGCGGCGAUGGAGCACAUACGUCAGGAGGUGAUGCGGAAAGUGGAGAACAUCGGUCCGAUGCCAGUUUCCGAACCCUCGACCCCCGCCGGGACCGGGCAGACUACGAGCGACUUGAACGACGUCUUGGCCCGUCUCCUCAUGCUAUCCAAGCGUUGCCCCUUCGUUGAUGUUAAAGAGCGUUGUCUGUGGCUUCUGCAGAGUGUACAGGAUUUAGGAGUAAGGAUUCCAAGACCACUGGGAAACGGACCAAGUAGAUUUAUCCCAGAAAAAGAAAUCCUGCAAGUAAGCAAGGAGGACGCCAGGACGCAGUCGAUAUUCGAGGACGCCUUUGCGGCGCUGGGUCGCCUUGACAACAUCUCUCUGGUGAUGGGCUUCCACCCGCAGUACCUGGAGAGCUUCCUCCGGACGCAGCACUACCUGCUUCAGAUGGACGGCCCGCUGUCUCUGCACUACCGCCACUAUAUAGGCAUCAUGGCGGCAGCACGUCACCAGUGCUCCUACCUGGUCAACCUGCACGUCAACGACUUCCUCCAGGUGGGGGGUGAUCCCAAGUGGCUGAACGGGCUGGACGAAGCCCCACAGAAGCUGCAGGCCCUGGGAGACCUCAACAAGAUCCUGGCCCACCGGCCCUGGCUGCUCACCAAGGCCCAUAUCGAGCACCUGCUGAAGGCAGAGGAGCACAGCUGGUCUCUGGCGGAGCUGAUCCAUGCGGUGGUGCUGCUCACCCACUACCACUCCCUGGCCUCCUUCACCUUCGGCUGUGGCAUCAGCCCUGAGAUCCACUGCAGCGGGGGCCACACCUUCAGACCCCCCUCCCUCAGCCAGUACUGCAUGUGCGACAUCGCCAACGGCAACGGGCACCACGCCAACCACCAUGAUGACCACCACCACCUCCACAGCAACCAGGAGGUGUCUGGCGAGGUGGAGGUGCUGAUGGAGAGGAUGAAGCAGAUGCAGGAGUGUCGUGAGGAGGAGGAGGCCAGCCAGGAGGAGAUGGCCACACGCUUCGAGAGGGAGAAGACUGAGAGCAUGCUGGUGUCCACCUCCGAGGACGAGGAGGGCGUGCCCUCCAGGGACGUGUCCCGCCACUUUGAGGACCCCAGCUACGGCUACAAGGACUUCUCCAGGAGGGGGGAGCACGUACCCACCUUCAGAGUGCAGGACUACAGCUGGGAGGACCAUGGCUACUCCCUGGUCAACCGCCUGUACCCAGAUGUGGGUCAGCUGCUGGACGAGAAGUUCCAGAUGGCCUACACCCUGACCUACAACACCAUGGCAACACACAAGGAUGUGGAUACGUCCAUGCUUCGCAGGGCCAUCUGGAACUACAUCCACUGCAUGUUUGGCAUCAGAUAUGAUGACUAUGACUAUGGGGAGAUCAACCAGCUUCUGGAUCGCAGCUUUAAGGUCUACAUUAAGACCAUGGUGUGCAGCCCGGAGAAAACCACCAAGAGAAUGUAUGAAAGCUUCUGGAGGCAGUUCCAGCACUCUGAGAAGGUCCACGUUAACUUGCUUCUUAUGGAAGCGCGCAUGCAGGCAGAGUUGCUUUAUGCUCUGAGAGCUAUCACCCGCUAUAUGACAUGAAGGGCUUUUGGCGUUUAUCGUUGUUGUUUUUUUUUACUGUUGUUGUCGUCGUUGCUCUUGUGGGACACUUCAAGAAAAAAUGAAAACCGAAGAGGGGAGGAGGAAAAAAAAAUUAAAAAAAUUAAUAGAGUGAAAGAAACGGAAGGAACUCGGCUCUACACGAAACCUCACCCUUGUGAUGGAUGAAAGAAGGAAAGAUGGACAGAACAAAUGGAAGAAAAGAAAGUAAGCUGAAACGAAAGAACUGCAAAAGAAAUAGUCACUUGAACCCCACUGGUGGAUGGAUGAAGACGGCAACAUCCUCGUUGCCCGCAGUGCCAAAACCCACCAUGAGGGGGCAGCCUAGAGCACCCUCCCCCUGCUGUUGGGAUGUUGAGCUGCUCUAGAGGACAGUUACUCAGGCGGAGGAAGUUCCAGCUAACGUUCCAGUAUUCCACCUCCCACCCCCAGUGGGAGUCACUGCUAUCUCUAUGAGCGUGUGCAAGAAUCCCCGACAGCAAAUUCUCCAGAACACAGUGCACUGCUGCACUCUUAUCAUGUAGUCACUUUGUGUUUCAUUUAGUUUCAUUUUGUAUCCUUUUUUUUCUUUUUCUUUUGUAUUACGAGAAGUUGUUAUUGUGGUGUAUGUUUUUGUUUUGGCGUUAACUGGAGACGUGUCAUGAUGUAAAGUGUGCCUGAACUAUCCAGCGGAGUCAUCAGAGGAGCAGACACUGCUGCUGCUCUCAUGUAACAGGGGGUCAUAUUGACCCUCACACCCCCCCCCCCCCCAAGUAACCCUAGAGUCCCCUAUCCAUCCUACAACUAUUGCAUUACCCCUCCCCCACACAACCCCUACAAACUGUCUUUGUAAGCUAGACCAGAAUGUGUGUAAAGUCGAGGUGUAUGUGUUGGGAAAACAACAAAGAACACUGAGCCCUGUUGAGUUUGACUGUUUGUGCGUUUCCCGUUUGAGUGUCUGUGACAAAUAUAUUGUGUGUGUGUGUGGGGAAAACCAGAAAAUAUCAAGAGGUGGAGGAUGAGGAAGAAAAAAAAAAAAAGUAUUUUUUAGAAUUUCAAGCGUCAAAAAAAGCGAAGCACUUUGAAGGAGGAGCCAUCUUGCUUCUGCUGUAGCUACUUGGUGACUGUUUUUUAUUGUUGACAUUGGUGUCGUUAUGUUUCUGGUAAUUAAGCUUUGUCCUUGAGUAAAA